AAAUUGAAUGAAGGAAAUUAUUCCCCUCUGUUUUGGACAAUGUGGUAUCAAUAUUGGCUCUGAUUUUAUUCAACAAAUCUACAGGGAACAUUUUUUCCCUUCCAAAUCUUCAUCAAUUCAUGAUCGGAAUGCUAAUUAUAAUGAAAAUGAUGAAUUGAUGAUGAAUACAAUGAGAGGAGAAGCCUCUAUUUACUUUUCCGAAUCAUCCAAUAGUACAUUCACCUCUCGGGGUCUUUUAAUUGAUUUACAAAGCCAAUUUAAAUAUCAAUCUAAAUUGUUGAAUAAUGAUGAAAUACAAAAUACAAUUGAUUUGAAUAAUAAUGUAAUAUUUCCAAGACAGAAUGGUGUGUAUUGCUCUCCAGAUUGGCCAGGUGGUAAAUAUGAAUCCGGAGCUGAUUUAUUUACCAAUGAUGUGAUGGAUCGAGUGAGGAAAUUAUUGGAGGAUUGUGAUUCGUUUCAUGGAUUUCAGUUUUUUCAUGGGAUGGUUGGAUCUUCGAGUGGUUUCUACUCGAGAAUUUGUGCACAUUUGAGAGAGGAGUAUCCUGAUAAGAUGUUUUGGUCAUGUAGUGUAUUUCAUGAUUCCAAGAGUGAGGAUAAAGCAGUGUGGAUGUAUGAUUCCAUAUUGACCUUUCAGUACAUGAUGGAGCUCAAUGAUAUGAUUACCUGUGUGAGGAAUAGUGAGCUAAUUGAUAAAUGUGUACAGAAUGGAAAGGAUUAUCCAACUUAUAGAGAUUAUAAUAAUGUGAUUAGAAGCUUCUUUCCAAACAUUACAUCAGUUUUUAGGUAUCCUUCUCAACAAGGAUGUGAUUUGAGGAAAAUGUGUCUCAAUCUUGCACCUACCAGACACUGCUUGAUUGAAGUUAGUGAAACUACUGCUUUACAAAAUGAGACAACACCUAUUUAUGAAACAAUUUAUAAUUUGAAUAGUCAAUUGAUUCAACAAAAGAGUUCAGAGAAGAUCCUUUCUGCCAUUUCAAUAUUGAGAGCUAGUGGAACAUUGGGCUUGGAAGCAGAAAGAAACCUUCGGAAAUCAGUCAAAGAUCAUUCACAAUCAGAAUUUCCAUUCAAACCCCUUGUUGUGAAUCAACAAUCAAGCGAUAACACGAUCAGCAAUACAUUGCUUACCAACUCUUCAUCAAUUACCACGGCUCUGGAAAAUAUUUAUGAAGUAACAGAAAGAUUUUUCAGAAGGAAAACUUUCAUUUAUGGAUACACAAGAGGAGGAUUAGAGGAAAUGGAAAUUACUGAAUCUCAGUAUUAUCUUCGAGAGGCUAUUGAUACUUAUACAGAGAGCGAACCUAAAGAAGAUGAACUUGCUUAACCAGUUUGCUACUAAUUAAUUGGUCAACGUUUAUUGUCUCCUUCGAGUGUCUUUAUUUCUAAAAGUAAUGAAAUUUAAGACAACGAUGGGAGAGGAACAGUAUUGCCAUAGAAAUAUUCUCAGUUCAAUACAUAUUAGAAAGUGGAUCAAUUAGUGACCUCAAUGACGCCGUUUUCACACUUGAUGAAUCACCAGAGGAUGUGGAAUUAUCUACAUUUGGAAUGGUUUUCACACCUUUACAAUACGUUGUUACUUGACUUACACUUAUCAUACAAAAAUAUAGCCACCUUCGUUGCAUUUCCACAUCAUGACAGUUCAAUAAAACAAUAGUACUCAAUCAGUGAGUGGU